AUGGCUCGAGCCAUUAAAGAUAAAGAAAAAACAUUUAUUGAUGGUGCUAUAACUUUCAGUUUUCGUAAAAAUUCGAAAGAUUUAGAAUCAUUAUCGCAUAUGAGUGAUGAUAAACUACCCUCGGUCGAUGGUGAACGUAAAGUAGCCGGUGAUAGCGGAAUUGAUUCAACAUCGUCCGAUUCAAUCACCGAACGAGCAACAGAACUUCAGGGUAACGUCUUGCAUAUUUAA